GAGAUGAUGCUAGGGGAGAGCUCUUCACAUGACCGGAGCUAUCGCUAGCACAGAAGUGGAUGAUGAGCUGAAGUCUGAUGAGCCUCCCUUUUUCCUCUCGUUUUCUUUCUCUCUCUCUGCUUUUUCGUUGGGAUUUGAGAGAAAUAAAAGACUAAAUAUAAGGAGGUAUCAGGAAAUCUGUCUGGACCUGUCUCAAGGGGGUUUCCCAUGUUAUGCUGUCUGAUGGACUCUGACUGCUUUUUAAAGUGGGACUCUGAACCAAAUCAUUUGGCAAAAUUCAUAGAACUUUCCUUUUUCAAUCUUAUACAUUUCGCAAAUAUAAGUAUUUUGGGGAUUUUUAGAAAGUUUGCUUAAAUAAUCUCUUAUUGGGAUCUUUGAAAGUUUGCUUUGAAAGUACACUAGGAUCUCCUUUCUGGGAUUUCGGUGGACCAAAUAUUUUUUUGUGGAUAUCUUUUUUUGGGAAUCAACAAGUUCCAGUUCCAGAAUGCUGUGUUCCAGGGUUAUAUUCCAGCAGUGGAGUCUGGCGGUGUUCCUGCUAUGUUCUCCAAUGCAUGUCCACGGGACACCCAUCAGUGCUAUCAGUAACAGAAUGAGGAGGUCAGUGAGCCACGCCCAGCUGAUGCACGACAAGGGCCGCUCUCUGCAGGAGAUCAAGAGACGCCUCUGGCUCCAAGAACUACUGGAGGAGGUGCACACGGCCGACAGCGAACGCGCCCCGCCUCCCCAGACCAGGGCCAAUACCAACGCAGGCCACGGCACAUUCAGCGGGAGACCCCUGAGCCCCCCGAAACCGCCCGGAGGGACCAAGAACCUCUCCCUCAGUGUCCAGCUGGAGAGGGAGACGGGCCACUUACCCCAGGAGACCAACAAGUCCGUGGCGUACCAGGACCAGCCGCUGAAGGUGGCGACAAAGAGGAAAAAAAAGGUGAAGGGAGAGAGGGGCAGGCGGAGGGAGAGUGAGAAGAGGAGGCGCCGGGCUCGCGACACAUCCGUGGUGAUGACAUGGGCAACACGGGGAGAGUCACAGAGGACGAUGGAGGUCGGGUCACGGGGAGACCACAGCCUCCGGGUUGCGAUGCACUAAUGACUCUAGAGGGAGAAGUCUUAGCAGAACUGAGAUCUCAGCGCCAAAACGGCAGAAUCCCCAGACAAUGGCCCUUGUUUUCCCGUGCUUUUAUUGUUUUAAUGUGCUGCUUUUUCCGUUGUGCGGCUCGAUAUACGUCUUGUACAUCCGUAAAUGUACGUUCAUAGCAAAACAUAUUACUUUUGAAUUCAUAUUUAUUAGGUGAAAAUGCAGACAUCGGCAAUAUUCGAUGACUUAUGAUAUUUAACGCCUCCUUAAUAACUGAUAGUUAGUUUGUAAAUACAU